CAGCCUUCUCACUCACUCUCCUUCUUCCCUUCCAUGUAGCUUCAAUAAAGCUUUUGCAGCUCCCUCUUUUCAUCUCUUUUCCCUGGACCGGUUUACUAUAUUGAAUAUUCUGGUUCUGGGUUGCGUGCAUUUUGCUCCCAAAAUUCUCCCCCUUCAUCUCCCUCUCUGUUUUUAAAUUUUGGGUUCUUGAGCUGGCUGCUAAAGGAAUCUCCUCUCUCCCUCUCUCUCUCUUCCUUCUUCUGCAGUUGUCCCCCGAAAAGCAAAAAUUAUAAAAUCCCACUAAGCGUGCUAAAAGGCGAAAGCCCACUAAAGUCCCCUCUCCCCCUCUUCCUCCUCCUCCUAUUAUUAUCAUCCCCACCCCUCCUUCCUCCCGUAAUUCCAUCAUUCCUUUCUCUCCACCCCCUUUGCGUUUCAGCCUUUUUGAGUGUGUGUGUGUGGGUUUGUUGAGGAUUAUUAAAGGGAAAGGUUUACUUGUCUUUUGGCUGGGCUCUCUGGGUUGUUGGGAUCUUGAGGUCUCUGUCAUUGAUUUGGAUGUGUUUUCGCCAUCUGGGUCUCCUUCAAAGAACCUAAAAGAGGUAGCUUGGAAGGGAUCUUUGCGUUGUUUGUGGAAGGGAUCAUGAUGCCGGUCAACUUGUUCUUGAGUGCUGGUUAAGAACCAUAUUAACUUAAGUGAAGCGCUACGCAUAUUUUUUUAAAAACAGUUUGGGUUCUGUUCCUGUUGGUGCUUGAAAGUCAAAGGCGUAGACUUUUUCUGUCGACUGGUUUUUAUUAUAUAUUGCUUCUUGGGGUUGGUUUCCUUUUGCCCAACUUGGAAUGAUGGAAGAGUGUUCAAAGGGAAGUGGUGCAGCCUGUUCGCCUAAGUUGCUGGAUUUGAUACCCAAAGAAAUGGAGUGGGCUGUUGCUAAAGGGGAAAGUGGAGAUGUUGAGAGGUCAUCAGUGGAGAUCAGGAAGCUUGAGCUCAGGCUCGGUCUGCCUGGUGAUGAUGAAUGGUCCCUUAAGAACACCAACACUGCCAAAAACAUUAAUAGAGAAAGAGAUCAUCACGACUCUCUCUUUUCUCUGGGAUACUUCAACCAUGGACAUCAUCAUAACCACCACCACCACUUUCAUCAUCAUCAACCAAGCCACAAAGCUGGUUCUCAUGAGAUAUCACCACAAGUUGGUCCAGUAGCUGGUUCAUCAUCAUCUUCUGUGUGGUUUAAUCAACAGCAGCAGCAGCAGCUGGCUCCACCAUCUUCCUUUCUUCAGUUUCCAACAACAACAAAAGCAGCAACAGACAAGCAACAGAGCAGCUGCUUGUUGUUGCCUACUGUGGCAAAGGAAUCCUCACAGCCCUGUUGCACUAAAGUAGGUGCAAUAGACUUGCAGCAGAGUCCUGCAGAAAAGAAGGCAUUUUCACCACCAGCUGCUCCUCCUACUCCUGCAAAUACAGCUGUGGCCAACAGCUCUCAGAAAAGAACUGCUCCUGGGCCAGUGGUGGGUUGGCCACCAAUUCGUUCAUUUAGGAAGAAUUUAGCAAGCAGCAGCAGCUCUUCAAAGCAACAGCAAACAACUGACUCCCAGAAUGGAAACCCAAACAAGAAGGCUGCAACAAGUGACAAACCAGUUGAAGCUUGCAAGAAAGGCAUGUUUGUUAAGAUCAAUAUGGAUGGUGUCCCAAUUGGUAGGAAAGUUGAUCUUACAGCCUAUGACAGCUACCCAAGGCUCUCCACUGCUGUUGAUGAGCUCUUCAGAGGACUUCUUGCAGCUCAAAGAGAUUCCAGUGCUGGUGGAAACAUGAACAAGCAGCAGCAGGAAGAGGAAGAGAAAGCAAUUACAGGGUUAUUGGAUGGAAGUGGGGAAUAUACUCUUGUUUAUGAAGAUAAUGAAGGAGACAGGAUGCUUGUUGGAGAUGUCCCAUGGCACAUGUUUGUGUCCACAGUGAAGAGGCUUCGCGUUCUGAAGAGUUCAGAGGUUUCUGCUCUUAGCCGUGAGUGAUCUUAAAUCUCAUCUACUGCUGCAAUGGGAAAGUGAUUAAGGCUGAUUAGUUUUUCUUGAUUACAUUUGUUAGGUGGUGCUAACUAGGAUUUUUUUGCUUUGUUCAGUUGGAUGCAGCAAGCAGGAAAAGAUGAAGAGAGAGCUUGGAUCUGUGGUUUUCUGGGGGGUUUUUUUUUUCCUGGGGUUUGCUUUGCUCUUAUUUCUGCCUAUGGCGUUGUAAUGAAAUUUUAUUGCCACUGAGAAGUAUAUAAUAUUUUUGUGUAGCUUGCUUUGUUGACAUUCCAUGUUUUAACAACCUAACCACCCUACAUUUGAGUUUUAAUUUCUAAUUAGGGUUCCUCGUCAAUCUCAAUUCUCACAGCGUAUAUCGGUGCAGCCUAAAAAUCGACCAAAAUUUACUGUGUUCAUGUCUGAUUGGCGAAUCAAAGAAGUAUGUAUCGAAUUAUAAUAUAGUAGUAGGCAUGCCGCCCGGGUUUGACGGCGAUUGAGACGAAG